AUGGGCCGCCGGAGGGCUGCCCGCGGAGCCCGGGCCGUGGCCGAAGGCGGCCGCGCUCGGCGUUCAGCGGGCCACUCCCUGGAGGCCUUCGCCGAGGAGGUCGGCGCCGCUCUGCGCGGUGAGAACAGGGGGACUGGGAAGAGCGCCGAGGCGGGGUUGGAGGUGGAGGGCCAACCGGGGGACCCGCUCCUGACGCCUGAUCGCCUCCUCUCACCUGGUGCAGCGUCCGUGGAGGCAGAGGCGGCCGGGGAUGAGGGCUGCCCGCGCGCUGUGGAGCUGCCCUGCGCUCUGGCCAUGUGGGAGCUGGGUCACUGCGACCCCCGGCGUUGCACGGGCCGCAAGCUGGCCCGCCUGGGCCUGGUGCGCUGCCUGCGGCUGGGCCACCGCUUCGGCGGCCUGGUGCUCAGCCCCGUGGGCACUCAGUAUGUAUCCCCCGCAGACAGAGAGCUGGUGGCUCAGUCAGGGGUUGCCGUCAUUGACUGCUCCUGGGCCAGACUGGACGAGACACCAUUUGGCAAGAUGCGGGGCGGGCACCCAAGGUUGCUACCCUACUUGGUGGCUGCCAACCCUGUGAACUAUGGCCGCCCCUGCAAGCUGUCCUGCGUGGAGGCCUUCGCAGCCACCUUCUGCAUCUUGGGCUUCUCUGACCUGGCAGUCAUCCUGCUGCGGAAGUUUAAGUGGGGUAAGGGCUUUCUGGACCUGAACCGCCAACUCUUGGACAAGUAUGCUACCUGCAGUGGCCCAGAGGAGGUGCUGCAGGCUGAACAGGAAUUCCUGGCUACUGCCAAGGAGCCCCCUGCGGAGGAGGAAAUUGAUCCCUUUGAUGUGGAUUCAGGGCGGGAGUUUGCAAACCUCAACAGGCCGGUAGCCAGUGCUCAGCCACCCCUGGACAGUGAUGACAGUGAAGAGGAUGAGGAUCAGGGGCCUUGUGCCAAGGAUGGAGCAGGUUGUGACGGCGGCGGUGGCGGCAGCAGCUCAGAGGAAGAGAAGACUGUGCCAGGAUAUGCCACAGGCACCGCAGAAGGCGUUUGGAAAGGAAUCAGGAGGCGGCAAAGAGACUGAGGGGUCACAGAGAUCUGUAUUUUUCACAGAGGGAGGACUGGGAGGACACUGGGAGUGGGGUGGAGACAGGCCUGGUGGUUUCGGCCCCAGUAGCCAGUAGCCAGCAGCAGCACUAGAUUUAGGCUUGCCUAGGUCCUGCCCUAGGGCCCGAGCCCCUCGAAGCUGAAGUCAGGGAGCCCAGAUGAGCCUGCUUGUUCACACCUGAUGUAGAACCCCUGGGCUGGGGGCUCUCAGCCUCCAUCUGGGCAGACUUUGCCCCUCAGGAGUGCUUCUGAGGGCCCACCAGCCUUAGGCAAUGUCCCUGCUUAGUGAUACCAGGGCAUCUGACCCAGGUGUGCUUACCAGUUGGAGAGAGACCCCCACCUCCAUCAUCCUUACAAACAUCCAUAUCCAGUAGGGGGGAGGGAGCAGGGAGGAUACCAGCCCAGUUCAGCCUCCAGGCCAUCUGCUCUCACCUCCCAUAUACACACCUACACACAUAUACCCAUCUUUCUUCUAAAGCACAGGUCUGCCAACCUAUCUGGCCUGUCCCCUUUUCAGAAAAAAAAAAAAAAUUUUACUCUGCAUUCUUGAGAAUUAAAAGCUUUUGUGCAUA